CCCGCGCCGCUGACGUCACCGGCGCCCUUCCGCGGCCCAGGAUGGCGUCGGCGACGAGCCUCAUCCGGAUGCUGCGGAACUGGGCGUCCGGGCAUGACUUGCAGGCGAAGCUGCAGCUCCGGUACCAGGAGAUCGCCAAGCGGACUCAGCCUCCUCCCAAGCUCCCCGUGGGCCCCAGCCACAAGCUCUUCAACAAUCACUACUGCACUCGUGACGGCCGCCGGGAGUCCACGCCGCCCUCUGUGGUCAUGUCCACACAGAAGGCGCUGGUGGCCGGCAAGUCCGCUGAGAGCUCCAUAAAGGGGCCGGUGACACCAGCUCCGCCUAUGAAGAAGUGGGAACUGUCCUUAGACCAGCCCUACCUGUGACUCUGGGCCUCCCUCAUGGCUGCAGCCCUCCAGGAAUCCUGACACCCACCUUACGACAAAUACAUUGCACUUCAGGAUCGA